UCAGCAGGAAGCUCCAAGGAGCCGAUUGACUUUGGGCCGUAAAAUGAUUACGGGCUAAAAGGUAAAAAACACGUCGCGCGCGAGCGAGAGAGGGCGAGUGCGCGAGCGAGAGAGCAAGGAGCAAGGAGCAACAGCAACAGCAACAGCAACAGCAGCGGAAACGGCAAAAGAGGAGCGGAGGAACAGCACAGAAACGUUUGGAAAAACUGCGCUCAAAAAAUUCUCAAAAAUAGGCAGGAAUCGGAGAAUUACCAAAAUAAGGAAAAUAUUUAAGGACACCAGCUCGGGGCAUAAAUAUUCAACAAAAUAUCCCAACAAGAAACGAGUGCCUGUGCGUGUGUGUGUGAGGCUGCCAUAACUCCUGAAAAUUUCUGCAUACAUAUACAAUAUAGCGAAAAAAAUCAGGAAAGGGAAAGUCAAAAAGUCCAAGAAAACGCAAGGAAAAACUAAAAGAAACUGCUAGAGAUAGAAAGGCAGAACGAUGAAAAUCCAGGAAAAUGGCCAUGAAAAAAGCAAAAUGACAGCCAGAAACUGAACAACUUUUCCAACUUUUUCCGUUUCCUUUUCGGAGCCUCUCAGCCAACAAAUUGAUUUGCACACACACACACACACGCACACACGAAAAUAGCUCGCUGAGCUGAGAAAACACCACCAAAGCAAGCCGCCACCACCCCUCUCUCUUCUCUACCGGAAAAGCACCUCUUGCUUUCCAUUUUUCCGUUGCUUUUUUUUGUUUUUUUUUGUGUGUCGUGUUUGGUGAUUGGAGCAGCCGGCACUGGGAUUAAAAAUAGCCAAGGCUCUGGAGAAAAACAGGCAAUACCGACGGCUGAUCCUUUAAAGAUGGUAACGAUGAACUCGGAGGCGGACAAAACACAAGCCACCAAUGCCACCAGUGCACCCGCCAAGCAACCAGCAGCAGCAGCAGCAGCAGCAACGGCGACGCCGCCCCAGCCAGAGGUGGUGCCAGCGGUAUCAGCAACACCCGCAGCAGGAACACCCACGGCGGAUUGCAGCAGCAGCAGUUGCAGCGGCAACAGCAGCACCGAUCCGCUGGCAGCAAUUCCACAUCGCAGCGAUGCAGCCACCACAACCCUGACCAAUGGCAAUAACAAUGUGGCAUUCCUGGAGAACGAGACAACGGUGGUGGUCACAAAGUUGGUAUCAGGAGCGAAUCCAGCUGGAGGAGUAACCACAUCGCCCAAGGCAGCACCAGUAGCAACAGUAGCAGCAGCAACAGCAGCAGCAUCCCCAAAAAUUGCAUCUGCAACGGCAGCAACGCAUGCUGUUAAAACAGUAAAUGCUGAUGCCACCACCUCAACCACCCCCUCAUCAUCGACAGCAGCAGCAUCAGCUGCGUCGGCAGCGUCAACGGGCACCGGCAAGCAGAGUGGCGGCAGCAGCGGAUUGCUGACAGUCAAUGCCAAUCAUCAUCAUCACCAUCACCACCAGCAAUCGUCGUCGCAGUCACAGUCAGCAUCGCAGGCACAGCAGCAACAGCAGCAACCACCACCGUCAUCGUCAACAACGCUGGCAGUGCCAUCGGCGUCGCAGCAAAGGGGUGGCAAGAACGAAGAUGCACCCAAUAUCCUAGUGUACAAAAGGGUAUAUCUACAAGAAAAAUUCUAUAUGGAGGCCAUCAUUGAGAAAAUGCAGGCGGAAACGACGGGCGUGGCCGUGCGCACGGUGAAGGCAUUCAUGAGCAAGGUGCCAUCGGUGUUCACCGGAGCGGAUCUGGUGGCAUGGAUCCUCAAGAAUUUCGAUGUGGAAGAUGUGACGGAGGCCCUGCACUUUGCCCACCUGCUUAGCUCCCAUGGCUACAUAUUUCCCAUCGAUGAUCAUGCGCUGACCGUCAAGAAUGAUGGCACCUUCUACAGAUUCCAGACGCCCUACUUUUGGCCCUCGAAUUGCUGGGAGCCCGAGAAUACGGACUAUGCCGUUUACCUUUGCAAACGCACAAUGCAAAAUAAAACGCGUUUGGAGUUGGCCGAUUAUGAGGCUGAAAAUCUGGCCAAAUUGCAGAAGAUGUUCUCCCGAAAAUGGGAGUUUAUAUUUAUGCAGGCCGAAUCGCAAAGCAAAGUGGCCAAGAAGCGGGACAAGCUGGAGCGUAAGGUGCUCGACUCACAGGAGCGGGCCUUUUGGGAUGUCCACCGACCGAUGCCCGGCUGCGUCAAUACCACCGAGAUUGAUAUAAAAAAGGCUUACCGGCGAGGUGGCUCCAGCCAUGGCACCGGAUCCGCUGGCGCCUCCUUGGCCAAGAAUCCUGUGGAGCAACUAACGAGGAUCAUAGCCCUACGGAAACAGAAGCUCGAGCGGCGAACAAUCAAAGUUUCCAAGGCGGCCGAGGCUCUGGUUGCCUACUACGAUCAGUACAAUGAGUUUGAUUACUUUAUAACCUCGCCGGAGCUGCCGAAUCCUUGGCAAACGGACAGCACCGAAAUGUGGGAUACGGAGAAAAAUAGCAAAGAAGUUCCUGUACGACGCGUAAAGCGCUGGGCAUUCAGUUUGCGUGAAUUGCUUAACGAUGCCAUUGGACGCGAGCAGUUUACCAAGUUCUUGGAAAAGGAAUACAGCGGCGAGAACCUCAAGUUCUGGGAAUCGGUGCAGGAGAUGAAGGCUCUGCCACAGUCGGAGAUCAAGGAGGCCAUCCAGAAGAUCUGGCAGGAGUUCCUUGCCCCCGAUGCUCCCUGUCCAGUGAAUGUGGACUCCAAAUCGGUGGAGUUAGCCCGCGAGGCGGUCAGCUCUCCGAAUGGUCCAAAUCGCUGGUGCUUUGAUGUGGCUGCCUCGCAUGUCUACCACCUGAUGAAGAGCGACUCGUAUUCGCGUUACCUACGCUCCGAUAUGUACAAGGAUUACCUGAACUGCUCGCGGAAGAAGAUCAAGUCCAUACCGAAUCUGUUCGGGGUGAAACGUUGAGACACGCUCCGGGGAUUCCCCGUCAUGGCAGUGGGCUAAGGCAGGGGCCCUUUGGAACAAUGAGCUAAAUCGGAAAACGGAAAUUAGUAAUCAUAAAUUAGAAAUCAGAAAUUGCGGAAUACUAAAACCAUAAAUCGGUAAUCAGAAAUCAGAAAUCGAACUCGGAAUCGGAAUUGGAAUCGUACUAGGACUAGGACUAAGGACAAAGGACUUUUGGGAACGGGGACUACUUUACACACUGUGUUUGGAACUACGCACUCAGUUGUGGGUGUGCUUGGUUACUGGGUACUCAGUACUUGGUACUAACAUCAUUUGUAAUUAUAUACUUAAACGUUGUUACUUAUUUAAUUUAAUCUGCCACUGUGUCGCGUGUUCUCUCGAUUUUAAAGUGUCUUUUGCGAUUUUUAUAAUUGAUUAAUUGUUUGUUGAUUGAUUUAGUUACCUCAACGUGCCCAACGGGCUUCAAUGCGGAGUCCGUGUCUCCCCCCAGACUUUCAGAUCCUUUCCAGAUCCCAGAUCCUAGAUACCAGAUACCAGAUCCUAGUCCUGUCCCUUGUCCCGCCAAACUCACUCUCUAGCUGUCUCCCUCUUAAUCAGAUGAAAAGCAAACGCCACUUAAGAUGAAAAUAAGAAACUGCCAAAGGGUCGAAUAAGAAGACAAAAACCAAAAUAUGGAAGGUUAUGCCGUAAUCCUUAGAGAUUAUAAAAUAAUGAUUAAUCUCUCAGUAAAAAAAAAAUAAAAUCCUUUACCAAAAGAAACUACA